CCGCGCCGCCCCCGCCGCGCCAGAGCGAGGCUGGGCGUGCGGCGUCACGGCGACGGCCCCAAGCCGCGCCCCGGUACAGGCAGCGAGAGGGAACGGAGCGGGCGACGGGCGGAGCGCAGCGGGCUCGGCCGGCGAGGCGGCGGCGGGGAGCGGAGGCGCUGUCCGGUAUUGAGGGUGAUUUAUCUCUUGCAUCAUGCGUGAAUACAAGCUAGUGGUUCUUGGUUCUGGAGGUGUUGGAAAGUCUGCUCUGACUGUACAAUUUGUUCAAGGAAUCUUUGUUGAGAAAUACGACCCCACGAUAGAAGACUCCUACAGAAAGCAAGUUGAAGUAGAUGCUCAACAGUGUAUGCUUGAAAUCUUAGAUACUGCAGGAACGGAACAGUUUACAGCAAUGAGAGACCUAUACAUGAAGAAUGGACAAGGUUUUGCAUUAGUAUACUCCAUCACAGCACAGUCCACAUUUAAUGAUUUACAGGACCUAAGAGAACAGAUUCUUCGAGUCAAAGACACUGAUGAUGUGCCUAUGAUUCUGGUUGGCAAUAAGUGUGACUUGGAAGAUGAAAGAGUUGUGGGAAAGGAACAAGGUCAGAACCUAGCAAGGCAAUGGAAUAACUGUGCAUUCUUAGAGUCUUCUGCAAAAUCAAAGAUAAAUGUUAAUGAGAUCUUUUACGACCUUGUGCGACAAAUUAACAGAAAAACUCCGGUGCCUGGGAAAGCACGCAAAAAGUCCUCGUGUCAGCUACUUUAAUACACAGCUGUACUGUAGCUCUGAGCCAGGUCUGAAGAACUGUUGCCCAAUUCAACAGUGCCAGCAUUCCAACUUUAUUAAACCUACCAACAUCUUAAAUGGACUUUCCUGUGGUGGUACCCUUUAAGAAAUGGAUGAAAGCUACUACAUCAGUUUGCACAUUCUAAUCACUUUCCAGUGUCAUGAGAGAUUUUUACUUAUAAAUAUUCUAAGUGUAUGCAACUGGUAAAACCAGAGCCUACAUCCAGUAUUACUGAUUUAAGAGACAUUGCUCAUCCACCAAUGUUGUACCUGUAUGAAAACUGUGUACUGUAUUACUUCACCAAUCCCCACUUUCUAUUGGAGAGUACAAUAAUGUAAAAAUCC